UAGAAGAAGCUAUGCCAACUGAUCCAAUGCAGUAUACAUUUGAAGGUUAAGUAAUUGCAGGUCUCAGCUAAUCCGGUGUAAUCUUCUCUUACUGAAUGGCUGUCUACAUUCACCAUCAUAGCCCACAGCGAGAGUGUUUAGGAACAAAGGAUUUUAGAAUUUUGGAAAUAUCCACUGUGCUGGAAGGAAGUCAUGUAUCUGAUUGCUGCUGUCUGCAUCAUGAUGAGCUUUUGGGAAGAAGUGGAUAGUUUUUGUCCUUCUCAAUGCACUUGUAUUUAUCAUGGCAGAAGUGACGGCACUGGAACAAGAUCUGUGCUGUGUAAUGAUCCUGAUAUGUUUGAGAUCCCUGUAAAUGUUCCCGUGGACACCGUAAAACUCCGGAUAGAAAAGACAGUGAUACGAAAGAUUCCAACAGAAGCCUUUUACUACUUGGUAGAUCUCAAAUACUUGUGGCUCACCUACAACAGUGUGGCUAGCAUUGAUACCAGCAGCUUUUAUAAUUUAAAGCAGUUGCAUGAGUUGCGUCUUGAUGGGAAUUUGCUGUCAAGUUUCCCUUGGGAAUCUUUGGCUGAAAUGCCCAAUUUACGAACUCUUGAUUUGCACAACAAUAAAGUGACCAGCAUACCCGCUGAGGCCGGAAAAUAUCUGAGAAACCUCACUUACCUAGACAUAUCCAGCAACAAAUUAAUCACCUUGCCGUCAGACCUCAUGGAUAUUUGGCCUCCUUUUUCUGAAGCAGCAUCGCCCAGAUACAUCGACUCAACAACCCAGAGGGUCAUAUUAGGUUUGCAGGACAAUCCAUGGUACUGUGACUGUCGGAUUUCAAAGCUCAUUGAAUUUUCCAAAAUUGUGGAUACCACAGUCGUGCUUUUGGAUCCUCUUGUGGCUUGUAGUGGACCCGAGAGCCUGGCUGGAAUCUUGUUUCAAAGAGCAGAACUGGAACAUUGUUUAAAACCAUCAGUCAUGACUUCAGCCACAAAAAUUACCUCACCUCUGGGAAGCAAUGUUCUGCUACGCUGUGAUGCCACAGGAUAUCCCACUCCUCAACUUACUUGGGUUAGAUCAGACAACAUACCAGUAAACUAUACAGUUAUUCAAGAAAGUCCAGGCGAGGGCGUUCGGUGGUCCAUUAUUAGUCUGACAGGCAUUUCCUACAGGGAUGCUGGUGAUUACAGGUGUAAGGCCAAAAAUUUGGCUGGACAGUCAGAAGCUUCCGUUACAGUCACUGUUGUCGGUGUUGUCACUACAACACUGUCUCCACAAAAGUAUGGAAAGAAGACUGAGGCAGAGCUUCAAAACACAACACAGGAAGAUAUCAAACUAGAAUCCUUAAACACAACCACUUUUUCUCCUACAUCAACACUUCCCACAAUGACAACAGCAAUGGCUACAACUCAAGGUCUUACCACAGAAAAUGCCACUGACAAAAAACAGCUGAAGUCUAUCCCUGAUGGAAGAAAGAAUUCCAAGGGAACUGAAAUCAGUGGAAAUAACAAGCAGGCGGGUGAUAUUGAGAAGAAAGAUAAUGAUGCAGUAACAGCCACUGAGCAAACGGUUGCAGUAAAAAACCUAAGAGUGAUCCCCGAAACUGAUGAAAGAGUAACUUUAACGUGGAAAACUGUCAAUGCCACAAGCAGCUCUGCUCUGACUGUAUUAUACUCCAAGUACGGUGAGAAAGACAUGCUGCCACUGAGCAUAGAUCCCAGCAAAAACAAAAUCACAAUAGAUGGCUUGGAGCCCAGUAUACAAUAUAUGGCCUGUGUCUGCCCCAAAGGGAUUCCUCCCACAAAAGACCAAUGCAUCAUUUUCUCCACUAAUGGAACUGGCCUUGAAGAUUACUCUCAGAUUUCCAUUUUGCUGGUGGCUGGUGGUGUAGCAUGUGUUAUUAUUUUGCCCUUGAUAUUUUUCCUACUAUAUAAAGUCUUAAAGCUUCACAGGAAACCAAAAUCCACCAGGGAAGCUGACCUUGCUAAGGAGACCUAUGUCAAAUUUGAAACCCUUUCCCUUAAACCGCGGUCUGUGGGGGCAGGUGGAGAGCUUUGGGCUCGUAGGAACACUGGGGAGUCAGAAAGGCUUCUUCUGUGCUCUCGGUCAAGUAUGGAUUCCCAGAUGACCUUCAAAAGUGAAGGUUCAAGGUCAGAGUACUUCUGCUGACUUUUGAUAUUCAGUGAACGUUCUGAAGCUCUCUGUGGGGGGAAAUGUAGCUUCAGUUGUGUGUGACACUGCACCAGUGCCAGUUACAGAAAAAAUAAACAAUGAAUACAACAUGGAGUAGAAAUCAAGAACUCUUGUGGCGGGCAGGACAUGACGAAAGAGAAGAAAAAGAUGCCUCUUUCAAAAAUGAACAUUUUGUGAUACUUUGUGAUUUUGAAGCAACUCUGCCUGAUUUAUAUUCUAAUAUCUUUUUAUUAAUUUCCUUUUUGGGGUUUUUUUAAAAAAAUUGUGAACAAAAUGUACCUUGUACCCAUUGCUACAUAUUCCUUUGUUUUUUUACACAUUAACUUUAGGUAGGGUAGAUCUUAACAUUCAGCUUUUGCUCAGACAGAUUUCUAGACUGCAGUGCCUGAAUAUAUUAAAUCACAAAUACAGCAGUCCUUCAUAGUAUAUUAAAAUCCAUUGAAAC